GCCCUGCCCCCUCUCAUGGUGCAAAUCCAUAAAGAAAGCGGAGGGAAGAGCUUUGAGCUGCAGAGAGCUGCCCCUCCCCCAUCCCAGGCCUCCUCUCAUUGGCUGCGCUCAGACUUCGGGUUGCUCCUCCCUUUGUGUCAGGGCAGCUGGAGCGCAAUUCCGUGUACAGUGAGUGAGGGAUCUGAGGAGGGAGAAGCAGCAGCAGCGGAGCGUUUCCAUGGAGCGACUGUCUGGCAACAACGAGCAGUAGCACCGGCCCGACUCCAGCGACCCAGGAUGGUUCUGGUGCACGUUGGAUAUUUAGUUCUUCCAGUCUUUGGCUCCGUGCGGAACCGAGGUGCCCCAUUUCAGCGCUCCCAGCAUACUCAUGCUUCCUCCUGUCGCCACUUCCACCUGGGCCCCCAGCCUCAGCUCCCAGACUUCUCUCUGCAUCACCACCCUGUCCAGCCCCAACAAGGAAUGACCACGCACAUGGCCACGGCCCACCAGCAUAAUGGGCCACUGCACCAGCCCCUGCCACCCCUUCCAGGCCUGCAAUUCCAGGAGGUGGCGGGACCCUCCUUCCUACCUCAGGCCCUGCACCAGCAAUACCUCCUCCAGCAGCAGCUUCUAGAGGCCCAGCACCGCAGAUUCGUCCCUCACCCAAGGCGUACCCAAGAGCGCAUGUCUGUCCAUCCUCACCGGUUACGCCCAGGCUUUGACUUCAGCCACCAACUACAAAUUUCUCAACCAUUGGGGCCUAGAUACUUGGCUGAAGGCACAGACUGGGACCUCAGUGUUGAUGCCGGUUUGACUCACACACAGUUCCAGGUUAGGCCGGUCCCACAAAAUUAUCAGCAUUACCUGACGACUCCACGAUUGCACCACUUUCCUAGGGGCACUUCCUCAACUCAGAUGGUGGUCCAUGAGAUCAGAAAUUACCCCUACCCACAGCUCCACCUGCUGGCGCUCCAAGGUCUCAGCCCGACGCGGCACACGUCUGCAGUGAGGGAAAGCUAUGAAGAGCUGCUGCAGUUGGAGGACAGACUGGGGAGCGUGAGUCGAGGAGCAGUGCAGAACAUCAUUGAGAGGUGUACCUUUCCACACAAAUACAAGAAGAGGAUCCCACAUGAUGGGAAAGAUGCAAAAGAAGACGAGGAAGAGUCGGAUACAGAUGAGAAAUGCACAAUAUGUCUGUCCAUGCUGGAGGAUGGGGAGGAUGUCAGGAGGUUACCCUGUAUGCAUCUGUUCCACCAAGUGUGCGUAGACCAAUGGCUAGCGACGAGCAAGAAGUGCCCGAUCUGUAGAGUGGACAUUGAGACACAACUCGGCGCCGACAGCUGAGACCACCUCUUUCCUCCAUGUUUUUUACUUAUCAGGUCAUGUGGCCAUCGCCUGCAGCAAACAUUUGCCUUCUGAGCCAUUUGAUAUAGAGAAUUGCCUGCGAGCACCGUAUCCUGAGGAUGAGCUUGUGGGCCCGUAGUCAUUUCUAGAGGAUCUUAACAGCCAUAAAGCCCAGUUGAUGAGUUUGGAAGCUGGUCUUCCUCAAGCCAAAGGGUCCGAGUGGUGAAGAGGACAAGUAGUCGUAAUGGUGAAGGAAUCCAAUGUUGGUAGCCUUGAAGGGAUUGCGUGUAUAUACCUCUCAAAUCAUUAGCGCCCCCCUAGGGGUCCUUAGCUAUUUCUGUGGAUGGCAACUGGAGCAUGUUCUUAAGCCUAAUGUUCAGUGUUUGGUGCACUAGUCGCCCUGUGGUGGUGCUGGUGGUGGUGGACAUCUUCUUGCUCUUGUCCUCAUUUUGCACCAAAUAAUCAUUUUCCUCUGGAUCUGUUAUUUUUUGUUAUGUUGAAUUAUGAUUUCGGUGCCUGAAUGAGCAAAAACAUCGAAACUCCCCAUCUUCCACCGUACAAGGAGGCACCAAUCCUGUUUACAGUUCAAAAAAAAAAACGGAUUGGGAGCCUCGCUGGGGGCCAUGUUUAUUUAUUCGCUUUGGUUUAUGUUUACAGUGGGGGGCAUUACUAAGGUGGGGGGCCUCGAACAAACCUUUCAGUCUAUAAUGAUAGAGCCGCUGGGUUCUGUCCGCUGAUGUUGGAUUUCACUAAAAUAAGCACAAAACAUUCUGCCAUAUUUGUCCUCCAAAGACUCAGGCCGCUGUAUCUCACGAGAGCGCCCCCCUGUGGACGCAAACACAUGCAGGAACCUAUCGUCCUUGGUCAACGCAAGCUUCCCUAAAAAGGGAGGGUCUCACUACUGCCAUAACUAUUCCUCUUGGUAUUCCCACACAAUCCAGAACCAGAGUGCCGCCAUCUUGCCCUAGGGCAGCAAAGCAACAGGUCAUUUCUAGGGCUGCACCAAGUCCAUCAUUUUGGAUUCAACAAGAGAACCCAAACCCUAAUUUUCAUAUUCAUAUUUGACUUAUUUGUCCAUAACUCUAAAGUCACAUGACUUCAAGGGUUCGGAAUCCCGGAUCCGGUGCAGCCCCAGUAAUCUGAUAGCACAACAGAGCUCUCGGUCUUGCCUCUAGAACUGGACCCACCAGUAUUACCGCAUUAGGGUUCAGUUACAGACAUUGAGCUUUAUACCACAAUGUGCCAAAAAAAUGGGAAGGGGCAAAAGGUUAGUCACGUGAUUCUUUGCACAUCGUGGCAGUCAAGGGGCGGCUCUUUUAGAAGGGGUGUGGUUUGGGGGGUGUCCCAAAUGGUGCUUAUAUUCAAAAAUUAAAAGUCUCUGCACGGGUGACGGGAACCAAAGUAAUUUCAUUAAUAUUUCCCAUUACUUUUUAUCUAAUUGAUUUCUUAUAUUGAUUUUCUCCCUCCAUUUAUCGACAGUCCUCAGCUACGCCAUUAAUCUAUCGCCAUUUAUCCUGGGACCCAGUUCCCACAUGCACUUGUGCGCUCUGCUUAACCAACAAAAGGCUAAACUUUCUUUAAAUGAACAUUUCAUAGGUGGCCUCAACAUUUUUGCAAUUGGCCUUCAUUUUUUUUUUUUUAUAUUUUUAAUUAUUUCUUUUCUGGAUUUCUGAAUUUCUAUUCAGGCCUUUGCCAUUUAUCCUUCACUCUGACAUUCCAAAAAAUACCCAGUUAAUAGGGCCAACAGCCACAGGAACCAAAUUCCAAACUGGAAAGCUGAAGAACAAUAAAAAAAUGUAUUUGUGUAUUGUAAAAUUGCUUUAUGUUGACAUCAUAACUAUAAAUUAAUUGAAAGGUGAAUUUCCCCUUGAAAAUCUGAAAUUAUGAGCCCUUAGGCCCUGAGCAGAAUUUCCAGCCCACAGAGCAUCAAAGGGGUGUUUCCAAAUAAUCCCAGGAAGUCUUCAACCCCACCCCUUUCUAAUAGGUUCCACCUAUUUUCAACCAAUUACAUAGUUAACACCCACGUGCUGCAGGUAUGGCACCUCCCUGAACGGCACGGAUUUAAAGGGACACUAUUUAUUAUAUAUUUAAAUGCGUAAAGUUGCAUCUCACAAGUCAAAAUAAACAAUAUAAAAAAUUAUAUAUAUUUAAAAAGCUCUUAAUUUUGAGUGACAGGGCUAGGUGGGCAUUGCCAAGCAUGUGUUCCUUUGUUGUUCCUUUUCAUUGCAUGUGCCACCUAGUGGCAAAGUAUAUAUAAAAAAUUAAAUAUUUCUAAUAUAUGGGUUGGAAAUAUCUGUAAAUCAAUAAAAUGAAUUCUAAAAAGAAUAAAUGAAAUAGUAUUUAUGAGUUGUAGUAAAGGUUUUAAUAUAUACUAUAUUAACUUAAAAAAAAUAGACAAGUGGUAGUGUCCCUUUAAAUAAAUGCCAGCUUAAGUACAAUGAAGUCAAUUUGGUGAUUUUGGUUGAUCCCCAAGAGUCAAAUGAAGACUAGUAAAACUUGGAAAUGUUCCUUAACAGGUUGAGAAAAAUCUAGGUAGCCAUUUUGGAUGGAUUAAAGGGUUAGUUCACCUUUACGUCAACUUUUAGUAUGUUAUGGAAUGGCCUAUUCUUAGCAACUUUUACAUUGGUAUUUAUUUUUUAUUUUUGUAUAUAUUUUGAAUUAUUUGCCUUUUAAUUCUACCUCUUACCAACUUCCAGUUUCAAAUGCUAUGUCUAAUGGGGGUUCACUAACCCCUGUAAUCAAAUAACUAAUUAUUAUUAUAUACCUUUCUCUUGAGGCCCUAUUCAUUUCAUUCAGUCUGUUAUCCAAACCACUGCCUGGUUGCUAGGUUAAAUGGCACCCUAGCAACCACUUUACAUACAA